AAAACCUGAAAGUCGUUUAUACUUUGGCAAUGAAAGGGUUGCGUCUUGUCCCUGAAAAUGAUUUUCUGACGUCAAAUCUGAAGGAGGAGCUCGGGGGUGACACGUAAGACUGUUACAAUAUAUCUGGAGAGAUACAGACGUCUUUGCGUGUGUUAUACGUUGUCUAUUUGUUAGAAGUUAGGUACCAUUGCAACCAGCAUUUGCACAAUUCUGCAAGAUUUUAGUUUUUUUCCAGUGCAAUCCACGUGAGAAAUUCCAGCCUUGCUGUUUAGAUUAUCAGAACUAAACAAUGCGGAUUUCAAUGUUAAUUUCCUUGAUCCGGCCGAUUGGGCCGGUUGUUAUUGGUAUCUCACUUGGGUUUACCUUGAGUCUGUUGAGUGUGACCUGGGUUGAGGAGCCCUGCACUAACCUUGACUGGAAUCGAGGCGUUGAAGUUGCGUUGGAGGUGGAUGAAAACCCCUACUCUCUUCCUGCAGGCAACUUGGAAAACGGAGAAAAACUGGAGGAUUUUGAGCCCAGAAUUGUGCCAUAUAAACCAGUUCAACAACAACCUCCACCAAAAAAAAUGUACAGGGCAAAAUACAUCAGCACAGAGCUUGGCAUCCGGGAAAGACUUUUUGCUGGGGUUCUUACAUCCAAAAACACCAUGAACACCAUGGCUGUUGCAGUAAACCGAACCAUCAGACACCACUUGGACAAUGUUGUCUAUUUCACUGGGAUGCGAAACAGAAAAAUCCCCCACGGGAUGUUUGUGGUGACCCAUGGCGAUGAACGACUCAUCUGGAACAUGUUCCAAACCAUUCGGUAUGUCCUUGAACAUUACAUCAACGAAUAUGACUGGUUCUACUUCGUUCAAGAUGACACCUACAGUCAAGCGGACCGCAUCAAAUCACUUGUCGGGCAUCUAAGCAUUCAUACAGAUCUGUACAUGGGCAGCCCAGAGGAGUUCAUUGGCGAUGAGAUGGAGGGAAGAUACUGUUAUGGUGGGUUUGGCUAUCUGCUGUCGCGGACUUUGCUCCUCAAACUGCAGCCAAAUUUGGAGAGCUGCCGUAAUGAUAUCCUGAGUGCCAGGCCUGAUGAGUGGCUGGGACGCUGCAUAAUUGAUUACGGCAACGUAAACUGCGUAGAUGAACAGGAGGGACUUCACUACCAACGCUUUGAGAUGGGCAAAAAUUCAGACCCAAAUAAGGAGGAAGACAUACGGUUCAAGAAUGCAUUCACUGUUCAUCCUGUAUUAGAUCCAGCACAGAUGUACAGAUUGCACAAAUACUUCACUGAAAUUGAACUGCAGAGGACUUAUGAAGAGAUUGAGAAAUUACAGGCUGAAAUAAAAAACAUCAGUGAGGUUGCGUUUGAUGGAAAUCGAAGUGCCCAUUGGCCAGUUGGGAUCAACCCACCAUUCGAGCCAAAAACCCGGUUUGAAGUUCUUCGAUGGGAGUAUUUCACAGAAGACCAGGUUUAUACCUGCAAAGAUGGUUCCCCAAAAUGUGAGCUUCAGGGGAUUGACAAAGCAGAUGUCACAAAUGUUAUUGAGAUAGCAAUGGAGGAACUGAACAAAAAAUAUAAGCCUGUGCUUCAUCUGAAGAAACAGCAGCUUAUUAAUGGCUACAGGCGUUUUGACCCAACACGUGGCAUGGAGUACACCUUAGACCUUCAGCUUGAGGUUGUGAACCAGAAGGGACGAAGCCGUUCCGUUACUAAGCGUGUCCACCUUGUACGGCCCUUGAGCGACAUUGAGAUUAUUCCUAUGCCUUAUGUGACAGAAGCUACCCGAGUUCACAUCAUUCUGGCAGUAACUGUUCAUGAUCGUGAUUACGUGAACCAGUUUCUUGAAGUAUAUGCCACUAAUUUUUUUGAGAUGAGCGAAAAUGCUGUUUUGUCUUUCUUGUUCAUAUAUGACCCCUUUCAGGCCCAGCAGGUCAACCAAAAUGACAUUUUUGCAAAUGUUAAAGCCAAGAUUACAGCAUAUGAGCACAAAUACCCUGUAACAAAGAUACCGUGGAUCAGUGUUAAAACUGAAACCCCUUCUCAAAUUAAGAUCAUGGACAUCAUCUCUAAGAAGCACCAAGUAGACACUUUGUUCUUUGUUGCAAAUGUCAACACCAUUGUCAAUUCUGAAUUCCUCAACCGCUGCCGAAUGAACACUAUUAACAACUGGCAGGUCUUUUUUCCAAUCCAUUUCCAAGACUACAACCCUAAUAUUGCUUAUCACAAUCAACAACCUCCUCCCACCAUAGACCUGAUCAAAGAUGCUGGCCACUUUGACCGAGAUGUCUUUGAUGAGGCAUGUUUCUAUAAUUCCGAUUAUAUGGCAGCAAGAACAAAGAUGUUUGCUGAUGUACAGGAGAAUGAGGAGAUCUUGGAAGCUCUUGAUGUCUAUGACAUGUUCAUCAAGUAUUCCAACCUUCACAUCUUCCGAGCAGUUGAACCUGCAUUACACCAGAAAUACAGACACAAGGUCUGUAAUCCUCGACUUGGUGAGGAGAUCUACCACCGAUGUGUACAAAGCAAUCUAGAGGGCCUUGGCUCGCGCUCUCAGCUUGCCAUGUUAUUAUUUGAACAAGAGCAAGGGAACAGUACUUGACCAAAUAUAAAAAAGCAAAGUCCAGGCUGUGCUCUUCAAACAUACAAAUCUUUUGUGUUUUGUUUUGAUUUUUUUUUUCUUGAGUAAAGUUUACAAUGCAGAACAUUCCAGAGAAAUACUUUUCAUUUGCAUUGAACAUUAUUUGUGUUCUUUAAAAAACACUGGUUUGACAGGCUGGUACAUCUUUGUUCACCAGUUAAAAAUGCUUGUGAGACAUUUUUUUUAAGAUUUCCUACCCAGCAUUUUUCCUUUUGGAAAGAAUGUUUAAUGGGCAGGGUCUCCAGUCUUUUAUGGGACACUUUUCUAUUUUCUACCCAUGUAUGGUCUUUUUCAGCUGUGGUUCUCUGAAGGUAUAACUGCAAAAAAGUAAGGACAGCUUUGUAUCUAAGCUAACUUUUUAAAAUGGUAGCUUACAAGAUGUUUUGAGUUAUUUCUACGUUUUUUUGUUUGUUUUUUAAAAUAUGAUGCUUGUCUUUUACAUACAGACAUUCCAUUGACUUGCUUUCGUCAUCCAAAGCUGGAUAACGAGAGUGAAACAUUGUUUUAAAAUUGAUGCUAACUUCUUAAACUGUAACUUUUUUAUACUCUUUGUGGUUUGUAACUACUUUUUUUAUCAGACUUUAAAGAACCCACACUGGCACUGACAUAUCAUAUAGACAAUAUAUUCUUGCCACUUCAAAUAUAAAUGCAGUACAAAAUGCCAAAGCUGGACCUACUGUAAGGCAAACCAGCAGGUGUAAAUUUAUGGAAUUGUCAAGAUAAGUAAUUAAAGUUAGCAGAUACAGCUAUUAGCCGCCUUAUAAAUACACACAUUUAUUGCUGUAAUUCUAACACUUAUUUCAUAUUAAAGGUACUACAUUUUAAAUAGAAAUUCUGUUGGUUGUAGAAAAUGCCUCAAUAUGGAUACAGAUUUGUUUAAAAAAAAAAAAAAAAAGAAAAAAAAGUGCCAUGCUGAACAGUUGUCCAGAAACAUGGAGUCAUUUCUUCUUCUCCAUCCCCCCCCCCCCCCCCUCCCCCCCAAAAGUGAUGAAUAUUCCAACUUUUUUGUUUGUUUUUAAAUUUUACUCAAGGAAAAAGAUUGCUGUUGCAACUUCUGUUGGGGUCAAAAAUAAGUAUAUUUUGAGUUCCGGAUAAAGUUGGUGACUUCUGAUUUUUAAAGACAUAGUGGGGGAGAUUUUCAAAGGUGACUAAAUUUUAGUCAAACAUCCAAAGUUACACAUCUUUUUAGACGACUACAUUUUCGUCGAUUUUCAAAAAUGAUUUGGAUAAAUGACGUUCGUCGACGUCUAAGUUUACUAUUUGUGGCAUCGACGCCCAGCCUCUCUCAUAGGUUAGCAUCGACGUUAGACGUCAAGAGAAUGGAGUGAUUUUCAAAUAUUUAGACAUUAGUCAGCUAGCCGUCUAUGUAAAUUACUUUCGCAUAUUACAAUGUAUGCAGAUCAAAGGGAAGUGAUGUGUUUCGUCUAGGUUUUAGACGUUGCAACUCAAAGUGCAGUGCCCACCUCUCCCGCUGCAGAAGGAAAGGGAGCUGACAGACCCACUACAGUCAAAAUAAAAGCGUCAAAUGAGAAAGGUGAAUGCUCUGCUCAAAAGGUAGCCAGAUGCAGCCUCAGAAAAAUAAAAUAAAUAUGGAAUUUGUUUUUCAUUUAGUAAUGACUCUCUUAAUUGAGACGACUUUGUUUUGUUAUUAGAUAAAUAUCUUGCCUUGUCAUUUGAUACUCUCCAUAUAUUAAAAAAAAAAUAUAUAAAUAAAAGCAUAAGACCUUGCAUUGGAACACUAUUGAAUUUUUAAAGUACAGAAUAUUUUUCCCCCAUUCAAGAGACAGAGAAAGUAAAUUUGUGUUAUAGUGCAAAUUAAAUUGAAUGAAAACUUUUUGGUAUGCUGUACCCUGUAGUAAUACAUAAAUACUGCUUGAUAAUUUACUUUAAGCCUUUUGAACGUCUGUUAUUGCUCAGACUUUACUUGAGGGCUUUUUCGUGCUUAUUGAUCGCAUUAUCAACAUGGUACUGUUCUGAUUUUUCCACGUUUAUUUCCUGUAAUAAAAACAUGAAUGUAAUUUUGGGUAAACACCAAAAACUAAUGUGAAGUGUUGAGAACACAGGAAAUGCGAAUUUGGGGGAACAUAAAUUUACGUAUAAUGAACUAUAUACACACAAACCUAAUUCUUUUUCAGCAAUCAAUACAUUAUUCUGACUCGAUUAAUUGUUUAAGAUAAAUGUAAAUAAUGUUCACCAACAUUACAACCAUUACAAUCUCCCUCUCGUCAACUCGCAUCCCUUUCCACUCUCAGCUUUCCACUGUGUUCUUGCAAUGGACAGCAGCAGACACCUUUUUGUAGACGUGCUCUAACUUUUUAGACGUCUAAAUGACUUGUUUAGACAGAGUCUGAAUGUUUGAAAAUCACACGUAAAUAUGGUAAUGAGCUAAAACCUGACUAGACUCCGACAGAUGGGGCAGGGCGUCUAAGGACAUGAACCUGGGAAUUUAGACGCUUCUGAAAAUCGCUCUUACACUAGACCCCUGUCCAAAUGUCUAAAAAGCUGAGUUACACCCGUCUAAAGCCCUUAGUUGCCUUUAAAAAUCUACCCCAGUGUUUCUGCGAUAAUGGUAAUUGCUGCUGCUGUUUUGUUGUAUGGUUUUGUUCCAUUUUCUGAGCUGUUAGUUUGGGCACUGAUCCUGGGACACUGUUUGAAAAGAGGGGGGCAAGUUGCUCCCAAGACACCCGUGCAAUAUUUUGGAAGGAGAAACAUGCUUGGUACAUUUAUCAAAGGUAUAAUAACGGUUACAUUGGACAGUUCCAAUUAAAAAAAUCAUCUUAUUGACUAUCUUCAGUAACUUGAUUUCAGAGGUACAAUAUAUAAACGUGUUAAUGUAAAGCAGUUGUAACAUUGGCAGUUUUGUUGAAAGGCUGUAUGCUUUAAAAUGACAUGCAGGAGUGGAAAUGACAAGUAAAUACAACUGGUGUCCACCGUACAGCUUCUUGGUAAUUCUUUGUGAGCAAUGUAUAAAUAUAAAAGUAAGUUAACUUGCAUGACAUUCAUAUGUACAAAUUAUUUAUUUCACACUCAACAUCUUUGCCAAAUUUAAAAUGUAUUUGUUUAUUAAUUCCAUAUGCUUGCUAUGGUAAAGCAGCUUUUCUUCAUUUGUUUUAUCAACUAAUGAUUUUGCUCUUGUUUUGUUUUUGUAUGUUUGUUUAAUGGAUAACACAGAAAACCUUUCUAUAGAAGGCACUGUUUCAUUUAAUUUGAUUAACAGCACUAGCAAUGUAUACAUAAUGUUCAUUUUAUUUUGGCAAUCCUUGUAUAAAAAAUAUUGAAGGUUAAGAUUUGAUUGUGACUUACAGGGUGCUGGUUUUCUUUGGUGAAGGAAAACAAUAUAUUCAUUUACAUCUAGCAGUAUGUUUCUAAACAUAUGUACUUGUUAAGCACUGAGAUUUAUUUUUCUAGAAUUACAAUAUUUACCAUCCUAGAUGUGUAAGCUGUUGGGAAGGCAGUACCUGCAACCAGAAAUAGCAUCUGAAAAAGCCAGGUCUUGAAACAGGUAUUUCAGUACAUUGAGGUACAUGUGACAUUGUCAGUAAUCCUAGAAUCUACUUUGGGCCAAAUAAGGAAGAUAUACUUAAGUCAGUGUUUUGAUAAGUACAUGCAACUGGGGUGUUUAGUUUUAAUUAUGGCUAAAUAAACCCAAUGAGAAAGCAAACAAUAACGUGGUAUUGUAUUUAAAAGUUUGAUUGUUACAAAGCAAUAUUAAACUUUAAGAACAUUGUAUAAUUGUUACUCUAUUCUGUACCAAGCCAGUUCCACAAGAUGAUGGUUCAAAUGGCCACAGAAAUACAGAAAUAAAAUAUGUAUUUUGUAUUUAACACAAACUUUGUAAAAUGGGAUCUUCAUAGCACCGAUUAGUGCUAAAGAAAACCUAAUGUAAUGGUGGGUUAUACAGACAUCUGUACAAAAAUGUAAUAAAAUGGAAAAACUAUUUUUGAAACACAAUAGUAGGAGUACAGUAUGUGUUUGUAGAAACAAUGGCUGUGUGAAUCCCUAAAGUACAAAUGAUCCUUAUACAGAAAAUCCUUAGACAAUAUUCUGUCAUGUUCAGAUUUUAUUGUUUUCAAGAAUCGAUUGCCAAAGGAGUGAGUUUUGAGAAAAGUGGGUGUGGGAUUUGUGAAUACAUUGUCAGCUAUAGACUGGAUUUUAAAAUACAGCAAGUAGGACAAUGGCAUUGUGUGGGCUUUUAAUAACAUUCUUCCCAUUUUCCCAUUGUAUAGUUUUCUUCCCUUGCCUUCUGUGAAGAUCAGGAGCUUGCAAAUAGUAACUUGCUGUUAAAUAAGUUUAGAUUUGUAAUAGUUAUGUUUAUUUUAUUUUUUAAACAUAUGUAUUGUUUGCAUGCUGGGUGAAUACAACUACAGGGGAUUUUAUAUUAUGCAACAACAAACUAUUGAGAUGAAUAUUCUCUUAUUCUCUGAUUACCAACUCCUUCAGGACAAUCUUUUUUUCUAAAAGAGCUCCCCCACCCCCUGUAAUUGUGUUUCCCAUGUAAGGUGAAGGUGUUGACCUCUCCAGUAUAUCAAAGAUACAGACCCUAAACUGAUAUGUGUUUUGAUACAAAAAAUGUAUAGCAUUUUUUUUUUUUUAUCAAGAUCAUGGAGUACACAUCUGUAAACUAUUUACUGUUACUUCACCAAAAACUUGAUAGAAUGACUGUGAAUUUUGUAACUAAAAGAUUAAACAAUAUUUAAUAUUGA